ACGCCUCUUCCAUCGAAAGUUGAACUCCCCAAACGUUUCCAUGUUCCGCUCGAUGUGCCCAAAAAUAAACAGCAGAAAGCCCCUUGACCCUGGCUUCUUGGUAAGACCCUGAACAUUUGGAAAUGCAGCCUGAGUGGGCGGCAGCAGAGGAUAAAUGGCAACGAGGACAGAGCCACAGCCAGAGCCAGUGCCAGGGGGCAGAGAGGCACAGGGCACGAGGAAGAGCCACCCCACAGCCACCAUGCUGCCUGCAAGGACUGUCCUGCUGCUCACCCUGCUGCUCACCUUCUCCCUGCACCACGCCACAGCCCACUUUGCACCCGUGGAAUGCUGCUUUCAAUAUGCACAGAAACGCAUGCGACACCCUCAGGGCUUCUACGAGACAUCCAAGGACUGCCCCAAGCCUGCAGUUGUGCUUGUGGCUGCCAAUGGUGAUGAGAUCUGUGCCGACCCCAAGAAGGACUGGGUGAAAAAAAUCAUAAAACGGCUUCAAAACAAAACAUCAGACCCAUCCACCAUCUGACCUGCCCAUCCCCUUCAGCCUUCCCGUCUCUCGAGGGAGCCAUCAGUGCUGCCAGCUCUUCUCCAGCGGGUGCUGCGGCCGUGGGGUCCCUGCAGGAGGAGCCACCAGGACCAGGUGUCACCGUGCCAUGGCCCUGCCAGCUCCUGAGCUCCUCCUGCUGCCACUGCCCUGCCACGACGUGCCUGCAGAACCAAUAUUUAUAAUAAAGACUCAUUGCUACAAAA